AACAAAAUGGUCCUGGACUCUGUGCCUUUUUCGUAUCAGCUAGACGAUAUAAACAACACUAUCGCGUUGACGGCGAAGUACCAGUCUGAACAGGCUAGACUGGGCCUCCAGAAGCACAAGAUACAGAGAAACAAGCAGGCCCAGCAGAUGAUCAACUACGCUCCGUCUCAGGGGUUCAACAGACCAAGACACGCUCCACAAGGAUUCCAGUCCUCGUUCGAGAAAAUGAAUCCGCUGGUGGGAUCUUCGACGACGCCAUCGCCGGUUUCAGGUUCUAACUCUGAUUUGUUGUUCAUGUCGCUGGCUGAUCAGCAGCAACUUGCGCAGCUCGGUCCUGUGGCCCCUCAGCUCGCUCAUUCGAGCACGGUUUCCUCUCUUUCGUCGGGGAAGGAUCAAGUCUCGUCACCGAUGAGGGCAGGGUCGACUGGUUCCACGAUAUCGUCGGGGUCUUCUAAUUCUCCGUGGAACACCUCGUUGCUGGAUACAAACACAAAAAGUAGCAUUCCUUUCAGUUCAACAUGGUCACAGGUUUGGUAAGGUACGGUAGAAGGAUGGUUUAGGAUGUACGGAUAAG